AAACGAGUUAAUAAAGACUUAUCAGUAUCCAGUUAAUUUAAACUACACGGAAUAUUCAAUUCUUCGAUAAUCUAUAAAUUAAAUUGUAUUCGCUGUAUAUACAAAAAUUUUCGGAUAAAAAUUCGGAAUUUUUUCAACGAAAAAAUUUAUAAUUUGAAUCGUGUAAUUUCUUUUAAAAAUAAAAUAUUAAAUAAAUAAAACUGUUUAAAAUCGUUUAUAAGAUAAGAAAAUAAGAGGUCAAUGAAACGACAUCGAUCAUAUCAUUUUACCGUAUUAUUUAAGAAAUUUAUGAAAUUUAUGAAUAUUGAAUUUGUACAUAUAUUUAUAUUUACAAUUUAUAUUCAAUAUCACCUUAUACCAUUUUAAAACGGUAUUCUUAUAACUAUAAAUUUAUAUUAAUAUUAAAAUAUUGUACCAGAUUAAAGUAUUUUCAAAAUUGAUUUAAAGAUGAAACAUUCGUAUAUGAGCUCCAUAUUUUUAUUUAUUAUUAUUAUAUGCUUGAUAAAUAUUGAUAAAAUUUGAUAUUACAUAAAAAUUUGUCCAUUCGUCAAAUUAAAAUUGGAUAUCUUGUAAAUAUUAUUACACAGAGUAAUUUAGAGAGUAGAGUAAUUUUUGUCGACGAGAAAUCUCUUUCAGAACACAAAAUCAAUAAAAUUUGAAUACUUCUAGUUUCGCAUACAAUUUUGCCUGAAAAAUUUUUUUUUAGAUAGAUCGAUAAAUGAAGCAUUAAAUUUUAAACGUUUCGUGAUUAAAAAUUUUACUCUAUCUGGCACCAUUACGGAAUUAUAUUUAAAAAAUCGAAACGAUUUCACUUCCUUAAAAGUUAUUCGUUAAAAAAAAAAAGAAUAGUUCAUUUAAAAAAAUGAAAAAAAUAUUGGAACACCAUCAAUAAACCAUUCAUAAUAACACAUUAUCGAUAAAACGGAUGGAUCAAGGUGCGAUGGAUCAAUCAUUUCGAAAAAAGAAUUUAUACGGAUACAAUAAGUUUAUAUGUAUAUACGUAUACAUAUAUCGGUCACUAUCCGACGAUAUAAUAACUUGGAUCGUGACAACGCGCCGAUUGAUAAAGAAAUAUCGAUAAGAAAAGUUAGGCAGAUUUUUGAUAAUGGUUUCUCAACGUGCCUUACCUUAUAAAGCACGAAUCACCUCUACAGGUAAAUCAUUCAUAAAGCAAUCGUCGACGCGUAAUUAAUUUAUUUCCGGGGAUUUUGCAUGGUGUAAAGUCGGCUUGCUGAUCCAUUUAUCAUCAAGGAUGGCCAAAGCAUUGUUGCUUCUCUGCUUGACGAUCUGUCAAGCGAAUUUUCUAUUCGCGGUCAACCCUCGAGAGGAAAAACAGUACAUGUACAGGCUUCCAACCGACGUCAUACCAUCGUCGUACGCGUUAAGUUUGGAACCGAAUUUGGAUAAAUUCACGUUCACUGGCAAUGUGAAGAUCGCGAUCGAGGUUAAAAGUAAAGAAGUUAAUAACAUAACACUGAAUCAAAAGAAUCUCAAUAUCAAGAGCGUAAGCCUGAAAAGUUUGAAUGAAACAACGGAUAUAAAAGUUAAAAUAUACGACCUGGUAGAACAGGAAGAACUUUUAAUUGUAAAACCCGAGAAAGAUGAACUUAUUAAAAAGGGGAACUAUACACUUACGAUAGAUUAUUCUGGCGAAUUGAACGAUCAGAAGAGAGGAUUUUACAGGAGUAGAUACAUCGACAAGAACAACACUAUAAAAUACGUUGCCGCAACUCACUUCGAGCCGACAGGCGCUCGAUUAGCGUUCCCUUGUUGGGACGAGCCUGAUUUCAAGGCGACUUUCGACAUCUCUAUAACCCACUCGAAAUUGUACAACGCGAUCUCGAAUACGAAAAAUAAAAAUAAAAUGACUGAAAAUGAAAAGAUCGUGUCCAAGUUCGAGACAACGCCGAAGAUGUCCACUUACUUGGUGGCAUUCGUGGUCUCUGAUUACGAGUCGAGUGAGAGAAGCGAGAACGGUAUCGAGUUCAAAGUUUGGACGAAACCGCACGCCGUGAACCAGACGAAAUACGCUUUGAACGUGAGCGUGCAUCUGUUGAAAGAAUUGGACAAAUAUAUGAAAAUCCCGUAUGGUAAUGAGAUUAAAAAAAUGGACCAAGUGUCGCUGAAAGAUUUCUCGGCAGGCGCAAUGGAAAAUUGGGGUCUCGUUACUUACAGGGAGAGCUCUCUGCUCGUCGAGGACAAUGUCACGUCAGAGCGUUCGAUUCAAGGCGUAACCACGACCAUAGCCCACGAAUUCACCCAUCAAUGGUUCGGAAAUCUCGUCAGCCCGAAAUGGUGGAAGUACAUUUGGUUGAACGAAGGAUUCGCGGAUUAUUUCCAAUAUUUCAUCACCCAUAAGGUUCUGCCCGACUGGAGAUUAGACGAGGUAUUCGUUGUGGACAAUACGCAGGGGGUCGCUUUUGUUGCGGAUGCGGGUACAAACGCACGACCCAUGAACCAGGACGCGACCACGCCCGCGGAAAUCAGCAAAUUGUUCGACAAUAUCGCGUAUCAGAAGUCUGGAGCGGUUAUUCGAAUGAUGUCGCACAUUUUGACGCUUGAAAAUUUCCAAAAUGGCUUGGUGGAAUACCUGAAGGAGAUGAACCACAAAAAUGCCGAUUCGUCGGAUCUUUUCAAAUAUCUUAACAAAUACGGGAAGGAGUUGCCGAAGAAUGUAAUGUUCGAACAAGUUAUGGACGAGUGGGUGAACAAGCCAGGAUAUCCGGUGGUGAACGUUAUAAGGAAAGAGAAGACGUACGAGAUAUCUCAAAAACGAUUUUUAUUGUACGGGAAUAAAAAUAGCACCACGAAAUGGUGGGUGCCACUCACUUAUUUCCGUUUGUCCAAUAUUAAUGAAAUAACAUUGCCAGAGUUGUGGUUGAGCCCGAAAGAUGAAUUCGUGAAUGUCGAUGUUAAAGAAGGGGAUGGAAUUAUUUUCAACACGUUACAGACAGGUUAUUAUCGCGUUAAUUACGACGAGGAGAACUGGAAAUUGUUAAACGAUUACUUGAACUCGAACAAUUAUACCGAGUUGAGCCCCAUAACGCGAGCUCAAUUGAUCGACGAUGCUUUAAAUUUGGCACGCGUUAAUCAACUUCUUUACGACGUGGCGUUAAAUCUCACGUUGUACCUUCACAAAGAAGUGGAUUACAUGCCUUGGCAAACGACAUUUAGAAAUUUGAACUUCUUAAAUGUCAUGAUGCGAACUUCCGACCAUUAUCAAAUGUUCAACAGUUACGUUACCUGGAUAAUGAGAUCCCUGGUGGAAAAAGUGGGUUACAAACCUAAGUCGAACGACGAUCAUCUUACGAAGAUGCUUAGACCGACCAUGAUGUAUUGGGGCUGCAGAGCUGGGGUUGAAAAUUGCGUGGAUUACGUGAAUAAUGAAUUUAAUGAAUGGUUGGAUUCUAAGAAAAAACUCGACGCCAAUUUGAAGAACAACAUUCUCUGCGCCGCUCUGAGAAAUUCAAACGCGGAGGUAUGGAACCGUACUUCGAACGUUGUGAAAAAUAUAUGGGACGAAGAUGAAAGGAAUAAUUUGUCACCGAUCCUGGCCUGUUCAAGCUCGUCCGAAAUUUUGAAGAAUUAUCUGUUGCAAACCCUCGAGAAAAAUUCCUCCUUAUCUUUCUCGACCGUGUAUCGAAACAUCAUAAACGAACAUCCGAGCGGUGUCGAUAUCGUUUUGAACGUGCUCAACGACAAAUACGAGACACUAAACAAAACUGAACAUAACCUCAAAUCGUAUUUCGAUACAAUCGCGGCUAGCAUUACGACCGACGAUCAACUUGGAAAGUUAACACAUCUUAUCUUGAAAGAGGGAUUGCAAACGGAUAUUGAUAUAACGUUGAAGGCGAACAGCAACAUAGAUUGGAUCGGGCACAACAAAAAGUCGAUCGAAGAAUGGCUGCAAAAACAAGAUUUUUCAUCCGGCAACAGUUUGGUAGCGUUUGCUUGGAUGAUUGUAUUAUCAAUAUUUGUUAGUCGAUUCUAUUAAGAAUAUGUUGAGAUCAGGUCAUUGCGAACGAAUCGUCAGAACAAAAAUGCGAUCGAGUAUUGAAAUAAAUUUACGAUAAUCUUCUUGUACAGUAUACAUCAAUACAAUCGCGACAUGUUGGACAAUGUUAUUCAGAGUGACAAGAUUCGCAAGAAUUUGAAAAUAUAUUUUGAUAUAACGCGAUUAUUUAAACUAGACAAUUGUAAAUAUGUAGAAAAUAUACGUGGAAAAUGUAUUUUUAUAUUAUAUUGUACGUAACAUAUGAACGCAAUAAAAAGUAGAAUUUUAACGUUAA